ACAAAGUAGAGAAUCCAAAAGAGAGCGCAUGCAACAUGAUCAGCAUACUUAGAAAUGCAGAAGUUAUGGAGAAAUAUAGUUCUUAUGCUGCAAUGCUCUUUGUACAGUUAAUCUAUGCAGGCAUGGCUUUGCUAUCUAAAGCAGCAAUUGCCAAAGGAAUGAACCCUUUUGUGUUUGUAGUAUAUCGGCAGGCAUUUGCCACUAUUGCCUUAGCUCCAUUCGCCUUCUUCUUUGACAGUAAAAAUCCUUCUCUGUCAUACAAGUUACUGUUCAGGAUCUUCUUGGUUUCCUUAUGUGGGCUCACCUUGAGUUUAAAUCUUUACUAUGUUGCAAUCAACUACACCACUGCAACAUUUGCUGCUGCUACCACCAACACAAUUCCUGUCCUUACCUUUGUCUUGGCUAUUUUCUUUAGGUUGGAAAGAGUAUCCAUAAGAAAACUACAUGGAAUGGCCAAGGUGCUAGGUUCUGUUAUUAGUGUUUCUGGGGCCUUGGUGUUUGCUUUUGUAAAAGGUCCACCCAUAAAGUUGAUGAAUUGGUAUCCUGAAACUCAAAAUCAAAGUCCAGAUCCAUCAAUGCAGGGAUCCUCCAUUGAAAAGUGGAUAAAAGGGUCUCUUACAAUGCUUGCAGCCAACACUGCUUGGUCUCUCUGGCUUGUGAUGCAGGGUCCAAUUAUGAAGCAAUACCCAGCAAAGAUACGCCUUACUGCUCUUCAAUGCUUCUUCAGCUGCAUACAAUCUGCUUGUUGGGCUAUUGUAGCAGAGAGGAAUCCAUCGGCAUGGAAGCUUGGAUGGGAUCUUCAUCUUCUCUCUGUAGCUUAUUGUGGUCUGAUUGUAACUGGCAUCACUUACUGGCUGCAAGUAUGGGUAAUAGAGAAGAAAGGUCCAGUUUUCACUGCAAUUUUCACUCCCAUAUCACUUAUUGUUACAGCAAUUUUCUCUGCAUUUCUCUGGAAGGAAACUCUUCGUUGGGGAAGCGUUGGUGGGGCAGUUUUGCUGGUCACAGGUCUCUAUGGUGUGUUGUGGGGAAAGAAGAAAGAAGAAAAGAUGAGUGUAGAAACAAAUGGACAAAAUCUAGAUGCCAAAGAGGAGAUCAUUCUGGAGUGCAUUACACAUCACUGACUGAUGGGACUGGGAUUGUGCAAAUUGAUAAGAAUGCCAUUUCUCACAGUGAUAGCCAAAACUAGACUUGGCAUAUUUAUGACCCCUUGUUUAUUCUUCCUUUAUCUGUGUCCCCAUUACCACCCUUAUGUUUUAUCCUUUUUAGACUUUGUAAUGUUUAUAUUGUAAUGAGUUGCACUCUGUCUAUAAACUACUCUAGAACCU